AAGACCGCAUGCUAUGGUUGUUCGGAGAAUUCACGAUCUUAAAGUCAUAUGAUCCACAGCAAAUUUAGCAACAAAUAUCUCAAUUGGUAUUUUCCAAAGCCACGAAACGUGCAUUGAGUUUGGAGCGAUAUCUGAAGUGAAGAUUGAAGACGUGAUAGAAGAUGGACGACUACUGCUAUGCUAAGAUGGCGACGUCCGCUAAAAGAGAACAUGAAAGAGAAUCAACUUCCAGCAAAUCACCAACGGAGAUAAAGACGAAAGAUGAAGACGUCCAGCAGCUGAUCUGUAAUCCAGAAGGAGUUUCCCCUCAGUUAGGGGGGAGCUCCACUUUGAAGCAGGAGACUCCACAACCACCCUGCAUUAAAAAGGAAGAGGAGGAACUCUGCAUCACUCAGGAGGGAGAGUGUCUUCUAGGACGAGAGGAAGCUGAUUACACCAAGUUACCACUGAAUAUUAUCUUUGUGAAGACUGAAGAUGAUGAGGAGAAACCACAAGUUGACAACCUCUUAGCUCCACUAUCAGAUAGUGAGGCUGAAGACGAGGUUGAAGAACCUUUGAGCAGCGAUAAAGACUGUGAAGGUGAUAUAAGGACUCACACUGACAACAAACACUCUGAAUGCUCUACACAGAAGAGAGGCAAAACAUGUUUGAGUUGCUCAAUUUGUGGCAAAAGCUUUUCUCGAAAUAUCAAUUUGACUCACCACAUGAGAACACACACAGGUGAAAAACCAUUUAAUUGUUCAGUUUGUGGCAAACGCUUUUCUGUUAAGAGAAAUUUGACUCAACACAUGAGAACACACACAGGUGAAAAACCGUUUAGUUGUUCAAUUUGUGGCAAAAGCUUUGCUGUUAAGAGAAAUUUGACUGAACACAUGAGAACACACACAGGUGAAAAACCAUUUAAGUGUUCAGUUUGUGGCUCAAGCUUUUCUGUUAAGAGGAAUUUGACUCAACACAUGAGAACACACACAGGUGAAAAACCAUUUAGUUGUUCAGUUUGUGGCAAACGCUUUUCUGUUGAGAGAAAUUUGAUUGAACACAUGAGAACACACACAGGUGAAAAACCAUUUAAGUGUUCAGUUUGUGGCAAAAGCUUUUCUGUUAAGAACUUGUUGACUCGACACAUGAGAACACACACAGGUGAAAAACCAUUUAGUUGUUCAGUUUGUGGCAAAAGCUUUUCUCAAAAUAGCCAUGUGACUCAACACAUGAGAACACACACACAGUUGUCCAGUGUGCUGUAAAAGGUUCCCACAUAAUGCAGACGCAGUAAAACACAUAAGAACACACAAGGGAAAAUAACCAGAUAGCUGUUUAUCUUGUGGUAAGUUGCUCAUAUGCAGUGUUGGAACUAAAACGCGUUACUGUAACGCCGUUUUUUUCUGCGGUAACUAGUAGUCUAACGCGUUAUUUUUUAUAUUCAGUAACUCAGUUACCGUUACUACAUGAUGCGUUACUGCGUUAUUUUACGUUAUUUUUUAUGUACAAACCCUGUUUCCAUAUGAGUUGGGAAUUUGUGUUAGAUGUAAAUAUAAACAGAAUACAAUGAUUUGCUAAUCAUUUUCAACCCAUAUUCAGUUGAAAAUGCUACAAAAACAACAUAUUUGAUGUUCAAACUGAUAAAAAAAAAUUAUUUUGCAAAUGAUCAUUAACUUUAGAAUUUGAAGCCAGCAACACGUGACAAAGAAUUUGGGAAAGGUGGCAAUAAAUACUGAUAAAGUUGAGGAAUGCUCAUCAAACACUUAUUUGGAACAUCCCACAGGUGAACAGGCAAAUUGGGAACAGGUGGCUGCCAUGAUUGGGUAUAAAAGUAGAUUCCAUGAAAUGCUCAGUCAUUCACAAACAAGGAUGGGGCGAGGGUCACCACUUUUGCAACAAAUGCGUGAGCAAAUUGUUGAACAGUUUAAGAAAACCCUUUCUCAACCAGUUAUUGCAAGGAA